AUGACAUGGUACAGGAACCUUCCUCCCAACUCCAUCCAUUCCUGGACCGAGUUCAAAGAGCUCUUUCUGAGCCAUUUCACAGCAUCCCGUCGACAACCGAAAUCAGAGGCGAACCUCGAAGCAGUAAUCCAAGGAACCAAUGAACCUCUUCGAGACUACCUCGACAGGUUCAAUAAAGAAGCCGUCCAAGUACAGACGACCUUUUACAUGAAGAGGUACCUCCUGGAGCGAGGGCUUCUCCCCGGAAGUGAUUUCAAUAAGGCCAUCAAAAUCGAGAAGGUGCACACCAUGAACGCCCUCCUCCACAAAGCUCAAGCCUUCAUCGCUUUCGAAGAAGGAGAGGCUGCUGCCAUCAAAGCCUCGCGAGGCAAUGAUGCCGCUCGUAGUUCGAACUACGAAAACUCAGGUUCAAGACGGGGACAUGAAAAAAGGAAAGAUGACAGCAUCAGGCCCCCGAAGUCAAACCCUGCAAGGCCAGGAACUGACAAAUCUAAGUACUACAAGUACCACAAGAGUCACGGGCAUCUAACUGAGGAAUGCAUUCAUCUUAAGGAUGCCAUUGAGACACUGAUCAAGGAAGGACGCCUUUCGAAAUACACAAAGAAAGGGGAAGCUUCCCGGAGGGACGACCAACGAAACUCUGACGAGGGCAACUCACCGGAUAAUAGGCCUCUGCAAAUAGCCCUGUCCGUCACCCGUCCUGAAGUCUUCAUGCCUUCGGUCGGAAUAACUACCGCAUUUAGCGAGUGGGAAAGAUUCCCGACCGCCAUGGUCGUCUCAAAUGGCGGGGAUCCCGGUUCUCUCACCAUCAGCUCAGUAAAGAGAAAGUUCGAUGAGUUGCUCAACGCCAACGCAGACCUCGGCCCUACUCUAAGGAAGUUCAGAGGAAAAUCAUAG